AUGUGCAAAGGCAAACCAGAACUUUGGUCCCUGUUCACAGGCGAACAUCAGGGGAGGGAAUACAGAGUUGUUUUUGCACUGAGCACGCCAGGAUGCCAGCACAUCCCUUACAGAGAAUCUAAGCUUACACGCAUUCUGCGAGAUUGCCUGGGAGGAAACUGCCUGAUGUCACUGGUGGUGACUGUCUCCUCAAGCUCUGCCUCUGUACACGAAACCCUCAGCACUUUGCAGUUUGCCGCGCGGGCAAGAUCUAUCACAAACCAUGCAGGGAAAAACAUCCAGUUACAGAGCAGUAAAGAUCAGGCUUCUCCACUACAGACCUGCCUUCCACCCAUCCAUGCUGGCCGCAGUGCUUCCUCCAGACCCACAGAAAAGAGCCUCAGAGACUCGGUGCUUCGUUUGGAUGAAGCGAAGGAACAUCCGAGUCAGAGGGUGGUUUUGCCUCACCUGGAGAAGGCAUCGGAGAAAGCCCUGAAAACCGUUCGAGCCGUUACAAACUCGGACAAGAGCAAAGGAGCGGACGACCGAUUCCGAAACCUUCGGUCGCGCCCCAACCCUCUUGUUGGAUCAGUGGAUGUUUUGAGAGAAAACAAAAUGGAAAAGCAGCAACACAAACUGGAUAAAAUUAGCGGGUUUGAGCCAUCGUCAGCAAAGGCAUUCACAGAGACAAUCCCGUUUGAGAUCCAGAAGAACGCUGAAUGCGCAAACUGCAAGAAGGAGAAGAAGAUCAGGGACGAGUACGAUAAGUUCAUUCUGCAGUCGAAGAGGGACAAAGAGUCUCUCCAGCAGAGAAUUGUGGAACUCGAGGCUGAGCUGACCAAACCUCAGCAGGAAGUUGAAGAACUGGCACCAGCUGCACAGAAAGAAGAAAUAGUAGACAAACUAAGCUGUUUGAUGAGUAAGUCGGAACAGAACAAACUGGAGGAAGAAAACCGAGGGAAACAGAAACAAAUUGAGCACCUCGAGAAUGAAGUAGAACACUUGCAGAAAAGUCUCAAAUACUACCAGAAGCUGGCAGCAGAUGAGAAGGAGAUUCAUCAGACUUAUAUCAUACAGCUUCAGCAAGACGAGCUCUUACAUACAGCAAUUCUUCAGGAAAGAGUCUGUUUUAUACAACCUGUUAAAGAAUAUUUUAGGAAUGCUUAUUGCAAAAUACUGUGA